UCCUCUGCAGGAAUCCACAUAGCUCAGUGAGAGGAUCUCCGCCUAAACAAGGAUCGCUCAGCUCAGAGAGGGUCUUUCUUUCCUCCUUCCUUUUCCUAAGGGCGGGAGGAUGUCUGGGCUUGCAUCCGAGUAAGGCGUUUGCAACGGGAACUACACAAAUCGCGGCCGCCGCAGAUCGAGCCAGCGGGAGGGAGAGCCGGGAGCGAGCAUUGGUGUCGUCGGCCAAAGGCCCUCGGCUUCCGGGCUCCGCGGCCCGGCUCGGGCGGGUGUCAGUGCCACGGUGUCCCUUGUUGCUGCGGAGGGGACGCAGGGGACGGGCCUCUCCGCCGGUAGCCGAUCCGAUCCCCGCCGCGGUCCGGCGCGCCGCAUGCAGCCCUCACCCUGGAGCGACGGCGGCGGCGGAUCGAGGAGCUCUCGCGAUCCUCCCGGCAGCGGCUGCUUCAGUCCAAGGCCAGGAUGUUCUCCAAGUUCACCUCCAUCCUGCAGCACGCCGUGGAGGCGCUUGCACCUUCCCUUCCACUACAAGAAGACUUUGUUUACCACUGGAAAGCUAUUACCCAUUACUACAUAGAGACCUCUGAUGACAAAGCUCCUGUGACUGAUACCAACAUUCCAUCCCACCUGGAACAAAUGUUGGAUAUUUUAAUUCAGGAGGAAAAUGAGAGGGAAUCUGGGGAAACAGGACCUUGCAUGGAAUAUUUGCUACAUCACAAGAUCUUGGAGACGUUGUACACCCUGGGCAAGGCUGACUGUCCGCCAGGCAUGAAGCAGCAGGUUCUGUCCUUUUAUACAAAACUUCUGGGAAGAAUACGGCAGCCUCUUCUUCCACAUAUAAAUGUGCACAGACCUGUGCAGAAAUUAAUCAGACUUUGUGGUGAAGUCUUGGCUGCACCUACAGAAAAUGAAGAAAUACAGUUUCUCUGCAUAGUGUGUGCAAAGCUGAAACAAGAUCCCUACUUAGUUAACUUCUUCCUUGAGAACAAACUAAAAGCAACGGUUUCAAAAAGUACACCCAAAUUAAUUGCAGAAGAUGUGCAAAAAGGCCAGGAUUUGGGGACAACAGAUACAGAACAAUCUGUUCAGCUUGAAGAAGCAAGAGUGGAACAAGCAGAGAAAGAAAGUGAUCUCCCUCAGCUGGCGGAUGACCUGUCCACAAGUCUGGCUGAAUUAAAUUUCCCUACAUCUCCUGAGACAUUGGCUUUUCAUCCACAUGGAAACUAUAAUUUGGUGAAUUCUCUGCUCAAUCUCACCAAAAGCCCGGAUGGCCGAAUCGCUGUGAAAGCUUGUGAAGGCCUCAUGCUUCUAGUGAGUUUGCCUGAGCCAGCUGCUGCCAGAUGCCUAACCCAAAGUACAUGCUUAUGCGAACUGCUGACGGACAGGCUGGCCUCCUUGUACAAAGCCCUCCCGCAGUCAAUGGAUCCCUUAGAUAUUGAAACAGUGGAAGGAAUUAACUGGGGCUUGGAUUCAUACAGCCACAAAGAAGAUACAUCUGCUUUUCCAGGGAAAAGAGCCCUCAUUUCAUUUCUUUCCUGGUUUGAUUACUGUGAUCAGCUUAUCAAGGAAGCUCAGAAGAUUACGGCCAUUGCCAUGGCAGGCUCAGUACGAGACCGAUUUUUUGUUGGUGUCAUGGAACCCCAGCUAAUGCAAACUUCAGAGAUGGGGAUUCUCACAUCAACUGCUCUGUUGCAUCGUAUCGUUCGUCAAGUCACUUCAGAUGUCUUAGUGCAUGAGAUGGUUUGCUUCAUCCUUGGAGAACAGAGGGAGCCAGAAACACUGAUGGACAUCAACAGGCAUCCAUUGCGACAUCGUUUAAUCGAACACUGCGAUCACAUUUCAGAUGAGAUCAGCAUAAUGACGCUCAGAAUGUUCGAGCACCUUUUGCAAAAGUCUGACGAGCACAUUCUUUAUAACUUGGUUCUUAGAAAUUUAGAGGAAAGAAACUACACAGAAUAUAAACCACCCUAUCAAGAAGAUAAAGAUGUGGUGGAGAAUGGCCAGAUAGCAGGAGCUGUAGACCUGGAAGAAGAUCCAUUAUUUACUGAUCUUUCUCCUGAUACCAUGCUGUCAAACCAAGAGUGGCUUAGUGCUUCACCACCUGCCAGCCCAGAACACCUGAAAAGUGAUGGGAAGACAGAAGUUCAUAAAAUUGUAAAUAGUUUUCUUUGCCUAGUACCAGAUGAAGCCAAAUCUUCGUAUCACGUGGAGGGCACAGGUUAUGAUACCUACCUCAGAGAUGCUCAUCGACAGUUCCGGGAUUAUUGCACCAUAUGCUUGCGAUGGGAAUGGCCUGGCUCUCCGAAACCUUUGGAAAAGUGCAAUUUAGAAGCUUUGUUCUUUGAAGGACAUUUCCUGAAAGUUCUGUUUGAUAGAAUGGGCAGAAUUCUUGAUCAGCCAUAUGAUGUCAAUUUGCAAGUCACAUCUGUGUUGUCCAAGCUCUCCUUGUUUCCCCACCCACACAUCCACGAAUACCUUUUGGAUCCCUACGUAAACCUAGCUUCAGGAUGCCGGUCUCUUUUUUCAGUGAUUGUUAGGGUUGUUGGGGAUCUCAUGGUAAGAAUCCAGCGCAUACCUGACUUCACACCCAAACUUUUGUUGGUCAGGAAGCGUCUCCUUGGCUUAGAACCUGAAGGGCCUAUUGUUGACCACAUGACGUUAUUAGAAGGUGUCAUUGUGUUAGAAGAGUUUUGUAAAGAGCUGGCUGCAAUUGCAUUUGUGAAAUACCAUGCUUCAUCAACGCCAUAGGUAUCUAUUCUAAAUGUCCAACUGUCCAACUAGAAGGUCAUCUUGUAUUUCUAUCAGCAAAGACUGAAAAUUAUCCCCAAGCAAGAAAAGGAGGGACAAAAAGAAAAGAAAAUCAAACCCCAAAGUAUUGGCAUAUGUUUAGAAGAUUUGUAUGGAGCACAUUCCAAUUAUACUGUUGGUUUCCUAAUUCAUUGGCAUGACUACAUAGGAAUGAAAAAUGGACAUCUUAUCCCACAGUACAAUCAAAGAGAUGUAUUGGUGGAACAGAAUGCUUUCAAUGAGAAUACAUCAGGACUUUCAGUUAAAGAUUUCUUUUAUUUUGAUGUACCUCUAGGGGUUUUUAUAUACUUUAGAGCUCAUAGGCUUUUUUAACAAAUUGCCUGGUAGCUGAAGUGUGUUUUAUCCCUUUAAAUGAAAACCAGCAAGUGAUUAAAUCCUUCUAAAGUAUUUAAAGCAAAGCAGCAACAACAACUUUUUUGCUGAUCAUUUUAUGUUGUCUGAAUCUUAUAUCCUUUGUAUUGUUUCACUUUAUCACAGAAGUAUCAUUACAGUAGACUGUAACAGAUGACCACAAGUAUGCUUAAGUGUUGCUUUUCCUUGAAUCCUUAUUUGUUUUACUUUGUUAUGCUGCAUAACUUAAUUUGCCUUCUCUUUUGUAUUGUAGGUCUAGUCUGUAUUAUCCAAAUGUCUGUUUACAUAAAUGCUAGUAAUACAGGAAAAUCUGACAAGUUUUUGUUAAAAGUUCUUCUAAGAAUAAUUGGUUGAAAAGUAUUUGUGCCUUGAUGAUUGGCAGUAUCAAUGUUCUGUGGUUUUCAAAUAUUUUAUUGCUUAUCUAAUAAGAAUGGUUGUAGCAUCCGGGCCAAGCAACGUCUGACAUUGUAUAUGAAGCCAAAUUCUUCAUCAGCUGUUGCAUGCUUUGGUUUGUGAAUUUGUGAUAUUACUCAUUGAUGCCAGCUGCAAACUUCAAACUAGUAUACUGUCUUCCCUAAGAUGAACUGAGAAACAUAGGAAUAGAAGCCAUGUGUGAAGAGACUACAUGGCUCCUUUAAAUGGAGGGGCAUGGUCAUGACUGACUGUACCAUUUUAGUUUACAGAGCUGCUGGGGCAUUUCAACCAGCUGUUGCACACUAUUGGUAAGGCGGUGAGGGAGACUCGAUGAGUUCUUUGGUCUGUAUCCAGCUUUUGGAAUCUUCGCUUUCUCUGUAGGAAAGGGUGGAAGUAACCAUAGUCAGAUAAGAUAACAUGUACUCCUGUUCACCAGUUUGCCCCUACUGACAGAAUACCACGGGAGUGAUAAAGCAGGAUUUAAUUCUGAAGCAAUUUAUUUGGUUAUCCAAUUCCUAGGUAUUUUUGAAUAACAUAAAAAUUCUUCUUAAUAAUCACUUCAUAUUUGCUGCCCGCUUAAGAUCUUAUUGGGAUCAGCUUACGUGAGUUCAAUGAUGUCCCUCGUUCUGCUGUAUCCUGUAACAAAGCUGAAAACAAAACCCUGGAUGAUUUCCACCACUGCUGUGCUCCAGUGCUGUUCAAGAGCAUGCAACUGGUGCAAUCUACUCAUGAAGGCAGUGUUGGAAAGCGGCAUAAUUUGGACUAAAAUGAACUAUAGGCCCUUUUCCUUGCACCAUUAAACCCUAAUCGGCCCCCAUGGGUGGGACACAUUCAAGCAGAAUUAAUAUAUAUAUACAUUUUGUCAAAACAACUUUUAAAAACUAUGCUGGUCUCUUGGCAAAAUAGUAUGUGAGCAGAUACCUGAAAAUGAAACAUGUAUUUAAGUUCUGGUCAAAGUUCCUGAGUUCCAUGUUAUAGGAUAAAUAUUUCAGCUCUGUCUUCAUUGUUCGUGGCGGAUUGUAGGCUAAAAUCUAUAAUCAGAUUAUUGUGGGGAAGUUACACUGAAGAUGAUUAGACUUACACAUACAGUCCCCCUUAAUAAGUGGACAGUAGCCUUAAUUUUUAAAGUAGUACUACUUUCACUCUUUAAAUAAAAGUUAAUGUUUAAAAUGUCCCCAUGCCCUUAUGGUAGGUGUAAAUUGGGAAGAAUUUAACAGUUUAGAAGUGUAUGAAGAUUGUUCUUUAAACAAUCUCUGUAAGAUUAUAGCCCUAAUCCAGUGCUCAGUUAUAUUACUAUUCCAACAAUGUUAGAUUCAGAUUUUCAGUUUUUCCUUGUCAUAUAUAUAGUGAGUAACUGUAACAUGAAAGUUCACUUUGCUUUUAUCUGAGCCUGUCUUUACAGGUUAUGCAUAUUAACAGAGAGAGGAAAAUUGACUUUUAAUAUACUUGUGCUCGCAAUAUGUUCAGCGAGUCACUAUAAGUCCCAGUGGUUCAUGUCAAGAGACCAGCAAUUUCCAAUAACUUUUUAAGAAGGGAACUUGUUUGUCAAAAUGUGUGUCACAAAGCCAGGAAGGGCUUUAACUCUUGCUUGUGGUGUGAGAGUUGUUUUUAUGAUCCUGUAAAUUAAAGCAACAACCUUUUAUUUUUGUAAAAAUGGUUGAAUUCUCCUACAAGAAUGAAACUAGUUUGACUUCUAUAUCUUUCUUUUUUCAUGCACUUUUAUUUUAAAGGCUAGCUGAGUCUUUGUUUGCUAUGCAUGUUGUGACCACUCUCAUUCUGGCUAGUGAACGUGUUUCUGGGUGUGUGUGGACACGUGUGUGAUUAUUUAUUACUGAACAGUGAACACUGGAGAACACGCAACCAACUCUCCAGAAAUAUUGAGGAAUCAUCAUUUGUCAAGAUGUUAAUGGUAACUACUGGCUACUCAGUGCUAUCAAAUCUACAUCUAAUAGUUUUUAUGUAUGGGAAUGGAUGGGAAAAGCUGGAAUUGUUUGGUUUUUGGAACACGGAUCCAGUUUUUAUUUUUACCCUGAUGCACACGUGUAAAUAAAGACACUUUUUCAUCUUGCCACCAACUAUUGUAUAUAUUUGAUAUAGAUUCUGUUAUUGGAAACUUUAUAAUAAGUAUCAUGCCGCAUCUAAUAGAAUGGCCAUUUCUCCUUUCUCUGUUUUUCUUAUGAUUAUAGUCAUCUACCUACCACUCUGAUCUUCCGUGUAGCAAUCUGAUAUUAUAGUAUUUGUUGGUGCAAUAUGGGAGCUGUGAUACAAGGCACAGCUUCAGCCUAGUUGUAUAUCACCUGUUUACAUGUGUAUAUUUGUUUACUAAGGGACUGAAAUCCUGCUUGCAACGUGAUCAGUGCAAAGAUUGUAGCACUAAGUUCUACAGAACAGAGUAAUCAUGGCAUUCCUUUGCAAAUGAAUAACAGUGGCUCACCAUGAACUGUCAAAUGCUGCAGAUCUUUCUAUGAUGAAACAGUUCCUUAUUUAACUUGGGAAGAGCACUUGCAAAGUACAGCAUGAAAGUUACAGACACUGUUACUCUCUUCUGAAUAAGAAAUUAAGAUCUGCACCUUUCAACAAACAUACCUGUACAACUGUGAUUAAUCAUCCAUGUGCCCUGUUGUCUAGUGCUACAAAGUAUCUCUUACAUAUACUCUUGGUUUCCCUCCUCUUUUGUUGUUUAUAUUAAACAGAAAAUGUUACUAAACUUUUUCUGUUGAACUUUCUGUAGUUCACAUGCUAAUAACUUUUGCCAAAGUGUAAUUGACCCAUGGGGAACAGUCAGAACAACAAUGUUACAGUAAGAACAGUAAUAACUUGUAUGGAGAAGAGGGCCAGCAAAUUCAAUUGUGGUUUAAAAGCAUGCAUGAAGGAUUAAAAGGAAUAUUCUAAAAAAUAAAUUAUAUAACUUAAA